CCUCUAAAACCCUUUUACCAAAGAAAAAAAAAAACCUCUAAAACGAUCAAAGAAAUACCCUAGAACAUCGAAGAUGGGAGUUUUGAAGAGAAGAGUGUCGAGUAGUAGAGGACUUGGUGGUGUUCUUAGAGAGCAAAGAGCUAAGCUUUACAUCAUCAAACGAUGUGUUGUGAUGCUCCUAUGUUGGCAAGAUUGAUCUUGGUUGAUUCGAUUGGUGAUACUUUGAAGCUGAACCGGAUCAAACUGAUAUGAUUGGAAGGAGAUAUGGAGGAGAAAAAUGGUUUAGUUUGCUUGCCAAUCGCCGUCGAUCUUGGGGGAUGAAAUGUAAUCAGUUUUGAUAUGGGUUAUAUGUUUUUAGUUGGUGGGGGUAAAUUUGUAUAUAUCGACAAUAAAACUUUGGGAUCAAUUUUGUAAUGGCUUUUGCCUUAGUUCUAGCUCCCGGUGUAAAAAAUUCAGCUAUCCCACACAUAAUCUAACCAAGAUCAGUUCUUAUUUCUUA